CAGAGUGACAGUUGAGUGUAAGAAGUGAAUUAUAAUCAAGUGCCACUGUCUGCACGGUUAUGUUAUUUUUUGGCUAUUCCCUGACUGCGUGCCGCUGAGCUUCAGUAGUGUAUGGGUGCUAAGAAAGUGGUUUCUGGAGGAAAAUACAGGAUUAGCAUAUUCAUUUCGGCAGAUGGAGAGCUUUGCAAGGACCGUAUCGUUGAACGGUGUUAGUGGACAAUCAGACUCAGCAGCGGUCUUCGGUGAAAUAUAAAGGAGUAAAAAGCCAGGAGGAUUCAUGCUCGCUCUGUUUUGUACAGCUGCUGCUGAUUCCCCCCAGGCUGGUGAGUAACCCUCGCUCUUGCCGAAUCUCUACAUAUGGGAGACACUGGACCGUAUGGCGUGCUAUUACCUUGUCAUCAGCUCCACGCAUCUCAGCAAUGGCCAUUUCCGAAGCAUUAAGGGAGUUUUCAGGGGGCCCCUCUGCAAGACUACCGCCAGUGAAUCACCGGAUUAUGCUGAAAAGGAGAAAGCCAUAGCAAAAGCUCUUGAGGAUCUGAAGGCUAAUUUCUACUGUGAAUUAUGUGACAAGCAGUACCAUAAACACCAGGAGUUUGACAAUCACAUAAAUUCCUAUGACCAUGCUCACAAGCAGAGGCUGAAAGAAUUAAAGCAAAGGGAGUUUGCUCGCAAUGUUGCUUCCAAGUCCUGGAAAGAUGAAAAGAAACAGGAAAAAGCACUUAAGCGUCUCCAUCAGCUGGCUGAGCUGCGGAAGCAGUCUGAAUGUGGUCCUGGAAGUGGUCCAAUGUUUAGAGCCACCACAGUUGCCGCAGAAGACAAGCAGCAAGAGAGAACAUUCACAGACAAGGAUGAUGGGAAUGGGAAUCGCUACCUACUUACUAGAGAUCCACAGGACCCACAGGAACUUCCUGUCACCAGAGAACGAUUGCACAAAUCAAUUGAAAAGAUUGGUAUACAAUUAGGUGCAGAUUACAACAACCAAAGGGCGGGGGUCUCAUUUUGCUUUUCUAAAAAGACCCAGCUGAAGCUAGAGUCAUCUGCAUCAGUUUUCAGUGACACCACAGAGGAGGCCAAUGAUAGAGAAGAUCUACAAAGUCAGAAAAGAAAGCAAACAGCUGAAACAUUUCGAGCUCACAUACCUUCACCAGGACAUCCUGCAGACAGGACAUCAGGACAUCCUGAGAAAGAACCAAAAGAGCAACAAAUGGACAACAAAACACAAAAUAAACAGGGGAAAGACCCUGGAUUCUACCAAAGUCCUAGCACACAUAACAUAACUGACAAGGAAGAUUUUCCCUUCAUAGUCUUCACUGGAUCUUUUGAAAAUACUGACUCAAGCCACGGUCCUGAGGGAGAUUUAGACAGUAAUGAAUCUAAUUCAUGCAGAUGUUUUGCAACAAGAGAUCACAGCAGUAAAGACACACAUGCUGAGGGAGACUCAAGCGAUCAACAAAGAAAGUUUCUCACUGAGUUCCUUUGUACUGAGCCAGGCACACAAAUGAAUUUUGAUUCAGAAAAGAUCAAGCCAGAUGAAUCCUUGGGCAAUAAAAGUGUAGCAGAUGAUGAGUGUGCUUCAAAGCAGGCCUGUGGGGACUCAGGUGGACUGACUAAAACAGUAGGGCCAUUCCUUGAUGUUCUAAAUAAAGAUGGAUCGACGAUGCUGAAAUGGCCAACUGAACUGUUACUUCAUACUAAGACUGAACCCUGCAUUUCAUAUAGUUGCAACCCACUAUAUUUUGAUUUUAAACACUCCAGACAAAAACAUAUUGUACAAGAUGGCACACUGUCAGUAGAGAUAGAUUACUGUAACAUAGACAUUGCGGAUGAAGAAAGCAAAGGAAUUAUUGUUGAGUGGCAAACUCACAAUCAGGAAACAAAUCAGUCAGAUUUCUUCAAACCAAAGAAGAUGAAACAUUCCAAAGCACGCCAAGCCCUGAAACUAAAAUUAGAAGUUGCUAACAAAGCAAGCAGUAGUUGUAAGCACAAUAUCAAAUCUAAAGGUGGAAGAGGGUUAGAGUAUAUACAAUGUGAUGCGACACAGAAUGAAAGUGUGAAAGCAAAAAGGUUUGACUUUAAGAAACGAAAGAGAUCUCUAAAUGAUGAAUGCUCAAAUGAAAGUGAUGUGGCAGAGCAAAGUAAAAAAAAUAACAAUCCAUUUUCUCCUUCAGAGGAUAUGGGCCAAAACUUUUAUGAAGAAGCACCUGAAACUGGCAGUCAGUUCAAGUCAAAGAAUGAUUUUUUGGACUCUAUGUCUAAUAUUGGAGAUUCUAAAAAGGAGAUGUACAGAAAGUCUGUUAGUGAUAAGUCAAGUUCCUAUAGCAGGUAUUUGGAAAUUGAUACUGAUAGCGAGGAACGAUUUUCUCAGACUUGGAGAUAUUCAUCCUCUUUUGAUUCAUCUAACAGAUCAUCCUCAGAAAGAGGUUCUAGUUACUCCAGAACAUAUACAUCCAGCUGUAGCAAAACUUACUCCAGUUGUAGAUCCAGUGAUGAUAGCACAAGCAGAAACUCACAUCAUUGUUCAGCCAGAAAGUCCCAUCAAGAUUACAAGAGUACCCAUCUGCAUAAAAUGAAGAACUAUUCCUCAUCUGAGAAGAUUAAUGAUGAUGAUGAUGAUGAUGAUGAUGAUGAGUACUACAUACACAACAGAAGCAGGAAAAGGAAAAGAAGCAGGGAGCAUGGGACAAACAGCCGAAGUAGUAGUUCACACAGUAGCACUUCUGGUCACAGUAGUGACUGGAAAAUAUGUUCCCAUCUAAGUUCCAGUUCUAGUAGAAGUCAUUGUUCUGAUAAAUUUGGAUCUAAAUAUAGACAUUCAUACAACAACAGUGACAGGAAGUCAAGUCAGAGGAGGUCUAGGUCAUUUUCAAGAGACAGGUUGUAUUGCUCGAACCCCCCAUUAGCUAAGAACAGAGAGAUAGUUAAGGACACUGGAAGACAACACCAAACUGAAACAGGAGAUCCUACACAAAGCAGCAGCAGAAAGUAUGAACUUAAUUGUCCUAAGAGAAGGUUUCCAACUGAUAAAAUUAAUGCAGAUAAAAAUCUUCUUGAGAAAUUCCAGCCCAAAAAACCUUAUGAAGAGAAGACACAGCCAUCAAAGGCAUUGAAUAUAAGCAUUGUAAAACUGAAGGAUCAGUCCCAGGUUUGCUUUAAGUCUAGUACCCCAUCACUACUCACCAAUGCACCAGCAUUACCCUUAAUUGGAAAAUUACCUGCUGCCAAAAGAAAUUCCACAAAGGAGGAGCACAAUAGAAAUAAAAGCAGAGAUAAAGAGGAGGUUCUUAAAAACAAUAAGAUUGGAGCUCUCAUUGGUUUUAAACAGACUGAGACUUGUCUUCCUGAAGGGGAAGUCACAGAAUGCAAUCUUCAGAGCCCAGAGGUGGUACUGAUUGAAGGACAACUGCUACAAACUAAAGGAAAGGAACUCAGUGUACAGAACUACUACCCAGGUAUUCAGGGACUACCUGAGGCAUGUUCCUUUUCUGUUAAUUCCACUGAGGAGGAGAAAGCCCAGUUACAAAAUACCGGAAUAAACUUUGCUUCAAGGGAAGGCUCCACACAAUAUCCUUUAAAGACUAAAAUGCAGAACGUAGAAGAAACUGAGCCUCAGUUUGAGAACUCAAAAUGUGUUUUGCCACCUCUAACUGAACUGCCUAUAACCUUCACACCAGAUGAAAUCGACAAGUACAGAUUGCUGCAGCUCCAGGCUCAGCAGCAUAUGCAACAGCAGCUGCUGGGGAAGCACGUAAAGGUACUACCAUCUUCUGCUGAGGUAUCCAGUUUCAGCCCUGCGUCAGCCUUUCAAUCAAUCCCUCUUCAGCAACCCAACCCCAUUACAAGCAUCCGCCAGGCACUCAUUCACCACCAUGCAGUGGCAGCCUUUACAUCUGCCCUGCACCCCCAUGGCAACCUACAGCCCUUGGCUCACAUUCACCCUUUCCCUCAACCACACUUCACUCCCAUUUCUCUUUCCCCAUUUGCUCCAGCAAUGAUUCCUGCCCACCCAGCUGCUCUGCUGACAGGUCACCCCUUGCAUUUUGUUCCAGCUUCCUCCUUCCACCCAGCCCAUCUGGCCCUUCAUCCAAUGCAACACAGCUCCCUUCUUCCCACCUUACUAUCUCCUAGCCCAGCUAUGACAGCUGCUGCUUCUGCUCUCUAUCUACACCCUUGCCUUCAUCCUCUUUUCCCAGGACCCGACUUGCAGCCCCACUCUCGACCCAGCACUUGAGUGCACACACACCUUUUAGGAAUAUACGGCUAAGGCCAAAAGGUUUGCCUCACCCAAUAGAACGAACUAAUUUGCUUCAUAAAGUCGAAUGAAACCUGCUGAAUAAUCUUAUGGUAACACAUAUCGCUAUGAACUACAUACUUCUUUGUAGUUUUCCGUAUAA